CAAACCCUAUCCCAUUGUAUGAGAGCUCCUCAAACCAGCAGCCGGUGAAGAACGUGUCCUCCUCACUGCAGUAGCAGGGAUGACAUCUGCUCCUCUUGCACCAUGCACAGCGCAGCACUUGUGCCUUGUUUUCCUUGUGUCAUGAAAGCAGAUCCUCCUUUUCCAGCCCGGACACUAUUCCAGCCCCCUUCAGAGGCCGGCUCACAACUGCACAGGGUUUCUCACUAGAAAAGAACUAUCCGAUUUUUGUCUUUUUUUUUUUUUUUUUCCUGCUCUGAGACUACCAAAGCUGGGAGAGGCACUUCCCACUCCCUCUGGUUUUCUGACAUGUUCGCUCCUAUUGAAGUACUGUGAAGAUUUUUUGGAGACCUAUUACAGCAACCGUGGCUCACCGAAGAUGCAAAAUAGGACAGGCACAGCCAAAAGUGUUAAGAAGGAGCUGGUGAUAGAGUCCCCUCAGCAGUAUAAGGAUGCUGCUGCUGCCGCUGUGGAGGCUGAGCUGGAGCCAGAAUGCCACCCACCAGAGCUGGCAAAGCCAAAGCUUAUUGAACCCAUUGACUAUGAGAAUGUCAUUGUGCAAAAGAAGACACAAAUCCUGAAUGAUGCCCUUCGGGAGAUGCUCCUUUUCCCUUUUGAUGAUUUCCAGAUUGCCACCUUAAGGAGACAGGGUCGAUAUAUAUGUUCCACCGUUCCUGACAAUGCAGAGAAGGAGGCUCAGAGUCUGUUUGUCACUGAGUGCAUCAAAACGUACAACUCGGAUUGGCACGUUGUCACAUACAAAUAUGAAGAGUACUCGGGAGAUUUCCGACAGCUUCCAAGCAAAGGGACCAAGCCUGAAAAGCUUCCAGUCCAUGUGUACGAAGUGGAUGAAGAUGCAGACAAAGACGAGGACGCGGCUUCCCUCGGCUCACAAAAAGGGGGGAUCACCAAACAGGGGUGGUUGUACAAGGGAAACAUGAACAGUGCAAUAAGCGUCACCAUGAGGUCUUUCAAAAGGAGAUUUUUCCACCUUAUACAACUUGGCGAUGGAUCAUAUAACUUAAAUUUCUAUAAAGAUGAGAAAAUCUCAAAAGAACCAAAGGGGUCGAUAUUCCUUGAUUCUUGCAUGGGUGUUGUACAGAACAACCGAGUGCGGCGCUUCGCCUUUGAGUUAAAGAUGCAAGACAAAAGCAGCUAUCUACUCGCUGCAGACAGCGAUGCUGAAAUGGAGGAGUGGAUCAGCACUCUUAAUAAAAUUUUGCAACUGAACUUUGAAGCUGCUAUGCAAGAGAAGAGAAAUGGAGAAUCCCAUGAAGAUGACGAGCAGAGCAAGUUUGACACUUCAUCAUCUAGCAUUGAUAGUUACCUCCCAGAGAAGAGUGGAAGAGAAACAGAAGCCAAAUUGAAAAAUGAAAGCAGGGUGAAGCUUUUUGCUUUGGAUUCAGAUACACAGAAACUUGACUUUUCGGGAAUUGAACCAGAGAUAAAACCCUUUGAGGAGAAAUUUGGGAAAAGGAUAUUAGUGAAAUGCAAUGAACUGUCUUUCAAUCUUCAGUGUUGUGUAGCAGAAAAUGAAGAGGGGCCGACAACAAACGUUGAGCCAUUCUUUGUUACACUAUCACUGUUUGACAUCAAAGCCAACAAAAAGAUUUCUGCAGACUUUCCUGUGGACUUGAACCAUGCCUCCGUGAGGCAAAUGAUUGCCCUCCCUUCUCAGCAGCUUCUAAAUGGCAGUGGGGACCUUGGACACAGAAUUUUAGGGUCUAUUCAGGAGUCAAUGCUGCAGUUCCCCAAACAGGGUAUAUUUUCUGUAACUUGUCCCCAUCCUGAUAUCUUCUUGGUGGCCAGGAUAGAAAAGGUCCUUCAAGGCAGCAUUACUCAUUGUGCAGAACCUUACAUGAAGAGCUCAGACUCCGCCAAGGUGGCACAGAAAGUUCUGAAGAAUGCCAAGCAGGCUUGCAGCAGGCUUGGACAGUACAGAAUGCCAUUUGCCUGGGCAGCAAGACUGCUAUUCAAAGAUACAUCCGGAACCCUGGACAAAAGUGCAAGAUUUUCUCCAAUUUAUAAACAGGACAGCAACAAACUUUCAAAUGAGGACAUGCUUAAACUGCUUGCUGACUUCCGAAAACCUGAGAAGUUGGGCAAGCUUCCUGUGAUUUUAGGAAAUUUAGACAUCCACAUUGACAACGUGUCUCCAGAUUUUCCAAAUUAUGUGAACUCGUCUUACAUUCCCAUGAAGCAGUUUGAGAACAAUGCCGAUACUGUGGUAACAUUUGAAGUAGAGGAGUUUGUUCCUUGCAUUCCCAAACACACGCAAGCCUUCACCAUCUACAAUAACCAUCUGUAUGUUUAUCCAAAGCAUUUGAAAUAUGAUGGUCAAAAGGCAUUUGCAAAGGCAAGGAAUAUAGCUGUAUCAAUUGAAUUCAGAGAGUCUGAUGACGAAGAGGCACAGCCAUUACGGUGCAUAUAUGGGAGACCAGGUGGUCCUGUGUUUGUGAAAAAUGCACUUGCUGCUGUUUUGCACCAUCAGCAAAAUCCAGAGUUCUAUGAUGAGAUUAAAAUAGAGCUGCCCACACAGCUUCAUGAGAAACACCAUUUGUUGUUCACUUUCUUCCAUGUCAGCUGCGAUACAUCAAGCAAAGGAGGCACCAAGAAGAAAGAUGUCAUAGAAAGCCAAGUUGGUUUUGCCUGGCUUCCCCUGCUGAAGGAUGGUCGAGUGGUCACCAAUGAGCAGAACAUUCCAGUGUCUGCCAACCUACCUACAGGAUACCUGUGCUAUCAGGAACCCGGGAUGGGCAAGCAUUUUGGCCCAGAAAUUAAAUGGGUGGAUGGAGGCAAACCAUUAUUAAAGGUUGCUACUCAUCUGGUAUCCACGGUAUAUGCACAGGACCAGCAUUUGCACAACUUCUUUCAGUAUUGCCAGAAAACAGACUCUGGAGCACAGGCAUUAGGAAGUGAGCUUGUUAAAUAUUUAAAGAGUCUCCAUGCAAUGGAAGGACAUGUCAUGAUCGCCUUCCUGCCCACUAUACUCAACCAAAUGUUCAGAGUCCUAACAAGGGCAACUCAGGAGGAGGUCGCCGUCAAUGUGACAAGGGUUAUCAUCCAUGUUGUCUCUCAGUGCCAUGAAGAGGGGCUGGAGAGCUACUUGAGGUCAUAUGUUAAGUAUGUCUACAAGGCAGAACCAUAUGUCACCUCAGAAUACAAGACUGUGCACGAAGAGCUGGCCAAAUCCAUGACCGCAAUUCUCAAACCUUCUGCUGAUUUUUUAACGUGUAACAAGCUUCUCAAGUAUUCUUGGUUUUUCUUUGAAGUCUUGAUAAAGUCAAUGGCCCAGCACCUAGUGGAGAAUUCAAAAGUGAAAUUGCUAAGGAACCAAAGAUUUACUGCCUCUUUUCACCAUGCGGUAGAAACCCUGGUUAACAUGCUUAUGCCACAUAUAACGCAUAAAUUCAAGGACAAUCCCGAGGCUUCCAGGAAUGCCAAUCACAGCCUGGCGUUCUUCAUAAAGAGGUGCUUCACAUUUAUGGAUCGGGGUUUUGUUUUUAAGCAAAUUAACAACUACAUGAGUUUCUUUACACCAGGAGAUCCAAAGACACUGUUUGAAUUCAAGUUUGAGUUUCUGAGAGUUGUCUGCAAUCAUGAGCACUACAUCCCUUUGAACUUGCCGAUGCCUUUUGGAAAGGGUAGAAUCCAAAGAUAUCAAGAUCUGCAGCUUGACUACACACUGACAGAUGAGUUCUGCAAGAACCAUUUCUUGGUGGGCCUCCUACUGAGGGAGGUGGGAAACGCAUUGCAAGAGUUCCGAGAGAUCCGGCAGAUUGCCAUCAGUGUGCUGAAAAGUCUGAUGAUCAAGCACUCCUUUGAUGAUCGAUAUUCUACCAGGAGUCAGCAGGCAAGAAUAGCCACACUAUACCUGCCAUUGUUCGGGCUGCUAAUUGAGAAUGUGCAGCGGAUUAAUGUGAAAGAUACAUCUCCCUUCCCUAAUGCUAAAGAUGAAGUCUUACUUAACGUAGCUGCUGGAAAUCCACUGGUAACGCCCCAGAAACCAGGCAAUACGCUGGACAAUAACCUUCAUAAAGAUCUUUUUGGUGUUAUCUCUGGUACAGCUUCUCCGCAGACCUCAUCCACUCCCAACAUAAACAGUGUGAGAAAUGCAGAUUCCAGGGGAUCUCUCAUAAGCACAGAUUCAGGGAACAGUCUUCCUGAGAGGAACAGCGACAAGAGCAGUUCUUUAGACAAGAAUCAGCAUGGAGGCUCUUUAGGAAACCCAUUAGUUCGCUGCGACAAGCUGGAGCAAGCUGAAAUUAAAAGUUUACUCAUGUGCUUCCUUCACAUUUUGAAAAGCAUGUCAGAUGAUGCGCUGUUUACAUAUUGGAAUAAAGCCACAACGUCAGAACUCAUGGAUUUUUUCACAGUCUCAGAAGUGUGCCUGCAUCAGUUCCAGUAUAUGGGCAAACGAUACAUUGCCAGGAACCAGGAGGGGUUGGGACCCAUAGUUCAUGACCGAAAGUCUCAGACAUUACCUGUUUCCCGUAACAGAACAGGGAUGAUGCAUGCCAGAUUACAGCAGCUCAGCAGCCUGGAUAACUCUCUCACUUUUAACCACAGCUACGGUCAUUCAGAUGCAGAUAUUCUUCACCAGUCGUUACUUGAAGCAAACAUAGCUACGGAAGUAUGCCUUACAAUCCUGGACACACUGUCAUUAUUCACCAUGGCAUUUAAGAACCAACUUAUUGCUGACCAUGGUCACAAUCCCUUGAUGAAGAAGGUGUUUGAUGUGUAUCUGUGCUUUCUUCAGAAAAAUCAGUCUGAGACUACGCUUAAAAAUGUCUUCACUGCAUUGCGGUCUUUAAUUUAUAAGUUUCCAUCAACAUUUUAUGAAGGAAGAGCUGAUAUGUGCGCUGCCUUGUGUUACGAAAUUCUUAAAUGCUGCAAUUCCAAGCUAAGCUCCAUCCGAACGGACUCCUCUCAGCUCCUGUACUUCUUAAUGAGGAAUAACUUUGACUACACUGGAAAGAAGUCUUUUGUCAGAACUCAUCUACAGGUGAUCAUAUCAGUGAGCCAGUUAAUAGCAGAUGUGGUUGGGAUAGGAGGCACACGAUUCCAACAGUCCCUCUCAAUAAUCAACAACUGUGCAAACAGUGACCGUCUUAUUAAGCAUACAACGUUCUCUUCUGAUGUCAAAGAUCUUACUAAAAGAAUCCGCACAGUCCUUAUGGCCACAGCUCAAAUGAAGGAGCAUGAGAAUGAUCCAGAAAUGCUUGUUGACCUGCAGUACAGUCUGGCCAAGUCCUAUGCCAGCACCCCAGAGCUGAGGAAAACCUGGCUUGACAGCAUGGCCAGGAUCCAUGUCAAACAUGGAGACUUGUCAGAGGCAGCAAUGUGCUAUGUACACGUGGCUGCUCUGGUAGCAGAAUAUCUCCUGAGGAAAGGAAUGUUUAGACAAGGUUGCUCAACCUUUAGAGUGAUCACUCCAAAUAUUGAUGAGGAGGCCUCCAUGAUGGAAGAUGUUGGAAUGCAGGAUGUUCAUUUCAAUGAGGAUGUUCUAAUGGAACUCCUCGAGCAGUGUGCAGAUGGCCUGUGGAAAGCAGAGCGUUAUGAAUUGAUUGCAGACAUUUACAAACUCAUCAUUCCUAUCUAUGAAAAGCGCAGAGAUUUUGAGAGACUUGCUCAUUUGUAUGACACUCUGCAUCGCGCCUACAGCAAGGUUACCGAGGUGAUGCACACAGGCAAGAGGCUUCUGGGAACCUACUUUAGAGUGGCCUUCUUCGGACAAGGAUUCUUUGAAGAAGAGGAUGGGAAGGAAUACAUCUACAAAGAACCUAAGCUCACUCCACUUUCAGAAAUCUCCCAACGACUGCUUAAGUUGUACUCUGACAAAUUUGGUGCUGAAAAUGUGAAAAUGAUACAAGAUUCUGGAAAGGUAAACCCAAAAGAUCUGGACUCCAAAUACGCCUACAUCCAGGUUACACAUGUCACACCUUACUUUGAAGAUAAAGAGCUGCAGGAUAGAAAAACUGAGUUUGAGAAGACUCACAAUAUCCGUCGUUUUGUGUUUGAGAUGCCAUUUACCCUUUCCGGAAAAAGACAAGGAGGUGUGGAGGAGCAGUGGAAGCGGCGCACAAUCCUUACCGCUUUACAUUGCUUCCCAUAUGUCAAGAAACGGAUUCCUGUAAUGUAUCAGCAACACACAGAUCUCAACCCCAUAGAGGUCGCCAUUGAUGAGAUGAGUAAGAAAGUCGCUGAACUCCGCCAGCUCUGCUCUUCCACAGACGUGGACAUGAUCAAGUUACAACUAAAACUACAGGGUAGUGUCAGUGUACAGGUCAAUGCUGGACCCUUAGCGUAUGCAAGAGCCUUUUUAGAUGAUACAAAUACAAAGAAAUAUGCAGACAACAAGAUUAAACUGUUAAAAGAAGUUUUUAGACAAUUUGUUGAAGCGUGCGGCCAGGCCUUGUGUGUGAAUGAAAGACUGAUAAAAGAAAAUCAGUUUGAGUACCAGGAAGAAAUGAAGGCUAACUACAGAGAGAUGGUCAAAGAACUUUCUGAAAUAAUGCAUGAACAGAUUUGGUGCGGAGAAGAGAAGAUCAGUGUUAUGCCGAAUUCACUUCACAUUUUUAAUGCCAUAAGUGGAACUCCUACAAGCACAACCGUCCAAGGAAUGACAAACUCCUCAUCCAUUGCAUGAAAGUCCUCCUUCAUUUCACAUCGAUGCCUCAUGUAUGGCUAACUCAGGAUGCCUUCCAGAGCCCAUGGUCCUCUAAAAAUGGACAACCAUUUCCAUCACCACUGGGGUUUAGCCGGCCAAACUGAUGGUUGUGGUAGGAGGAGCCGUAAUGACUUUUAUUUUCCUCCUUUGGCAAUAUCAGCUAUUUUCAACACUAAAGAGAAGUAAAAAGUUUAUUGAAUAUUUUUGAUGCUGUAUAGAUGAACUGUUCCAGAACAAGCCGAAUCACAAGUAAUAGCACAGUAGGUCUUGGGUAGUAGAUAUCUAGGAAUGUACAGUGUAUAAUACAAAUGUUACACUAAAGUUUACAUCUUAGCUUUGCGACCAAGCACACUUUGCAGUCUUAAGAUAAUCAGUGCGCUUUUCUUUUCUGCUCCAUUUUAAAUUGCCUUUAAAAAACAAACACUAUUUCCAACAUUACUUUUUGCCUGACUGGAAUUUUUUGUUCACACAAGUAGGUGAUUUUAUGAACUUAUGAAUGUUUGCUAAGGAUUCAGUUUCCUCGUUUGUAUUACGGAUUGUCCAUUUUUGUCUGUGAUCUUCCAACAAACGUGCUAUAAACUACACAUGAAACUGAACCCCUUCACCUCUGCACAAAUUUACACUUCCGUCCUGCAUAGGUGUUACUUGCUUAGUUGGAAUGUACAUAUUGUUAAUUGAUGCAGAUCAUUCUUUCUGUACAUAAAUGUGUUACUUUUCUAUGCAUUUUUUUAAUGUUCUUGGCUGAAAACUUUUAUUGUGAGAAAUAUUGUGCUUCUUCAUUUUACCUGCUAUCUAUUUUUGUCCUUACAAUUUAUUCUUGUACAGAAAUGAGUGCAAUACAAAGAUGUAUACAGUCUUUGCUAUGUUAGGUUUAUACACUGUUUAAAAACAAAGACUUUUUUUUUUUGCCAAAGCAAAGAGUAUGUAUUGGUGGUUAUGAUUACUGUGGUAAAUGGUGGUGUUAUUUAAAGCUUUGAUCAUAUUGUUCUUUCAAAAUAUUAAUUUGGUAAUUUUAUAUUGGGGGAGGGGGGGCGAAUAAAAAGUUUUUAAUUUUAUUUAACUGGAAACACUGUUCUGCUGUAAUUAACAUUCUGUACUACAUAUGUAUUAAAGGAAAUGGCUAA